CUGCUCCCGCCUCCAGAGUCCAAGGGUCCAAGUGGCGGGUGGGCUGUGCUGCCCUGAGCCCUACAGAGGAAGGCCACACUGAGAACCGCUGGUGGGUGGGCAGCAUGAGAUUUGAGGAGCUGCUAGACCAGGUGGGCAGCUUUGGGCCCUUCCAAUUGUGGAACGUGGCCCUGCUGGCCCUGCCCCGGGUGCUGCUGCCCAUGCACUUCCUCCUGCCUGUCUUCCUGGCGGUUGUACCUGCCCACCGCUGUGCGCUACCCGGUGCCCCGGCCAACUUCAGCCACCAGGACGCAUGGCUGGAGGCCCACCUGCCCCAGGAGCCUGAUGGCACCCUCAGCUCCUGCCUCUAUUUCACCCACUCCCAGGCCCUCCCCAACACCACGUUUUGGGGAGUGGGUCAGAGCCCUGGGCAGCUGGAGGGUGAGCCCUCCACAGCGCCCUGCCCUCAGGGCUGGGACUACGACCGCUCUGAGUUCUCCUCCACCAUCGCAACUGAGUGGGACCUUGUGUGCGAACAGAAAGGCCUGAACAAAGCCACUUCCACUUUCUUUUUUGCUGGUGUGCUGGUGGGGGCCGUGGCCUUCGGAUACCUGUCUGACAGGUUUGGGCGGCGCCGUCUGCUGCUGGUGGCCUACGUGAGUUCCCUGGGGCUAGGCCUGGCAUCUGCAGCCUCAGUCAGCUACGUCAUGUUUGUCAUCACCCGCACCCUCACUGGCACAGCUCUGGCUGGCUUCACCAUCAUCGUGAUGCUACUGGAAAUGGAAUGGCUGGACGUGGGGCACCGCACUGUGGCAGGGGUCCUGAGCGGCACCUUCUGGACAGUGGGCGUGAUGCUGUUGGCACUGGUUGGGUACCUGAUACGGGACUGGCGAUGGCUUCUGCUGGCUGUCACUCUGCCUUGUGCCCCAGGCAUCCUCAGCCUCUGGUGGGUGCCUGAGUCUGCACGCUGGCUUCUGACCCAGGGCCGUGUGGAGGAGGCCCACAGGUACCUGCUCCGCUGCGCCAGGCUCAAUGGGUGGCCCAUAGGUGAAGACGGCCUGACCCAGGAGGCCCUGGACAAAGUGGCCACUCGGGAGCGAGUGGUUCAAAGACCCUCGUACCUAGAUCUGUUCCGGACCCCACGGCUCCAACACAUCUCACUAUGCUGCAUGGUGAUGUGGUUUGGAGUGAAUUUCUCCUAUUAUGGCCUGAGCCUGGAUGUGUCGGGGCUGGGGCUGAACGUGUACCAAACACAGCUGCUGUUCGGGGCUGUGGAGCUGCCCUCCAAGCUGCUGGUCUAUCUGUUUGUGCACCACGCGGGACGCCGUCUCACGCAAGCAGGAGCGCUGCUGGGCACCGCCCUUGCUUUGGGGAUCAGUCUGCGGGUGACCUCGGGGAUGGGGCCCUGGAGCACCGCCCUGGCGGUGACAGGGAAAGGUUUUUCUGAAGCUGCCUUCACCACUGCCUACCUGUUCACGUCGGAGUUGUACCCUACUGUGCUCAGACAGACAGGGAUGGGGCUGACUUCACUAGUGGGCCGACUCGGGGGCUCUCUGGCCCCACUGGCGGCCUUGCUGGAUGGGGUAUGGCUGUCACUGCCCAAGCUCGCUUAUGCGGGGAUUGCUCUGCUGGCUGCCUGCACUGCCCUCCUGCUACCAGAGACGAGGCAAGCACAGCUGCCGGAGACCAUCCAGGACGUGGAGAGGAAGAGUGCCCCAUCCAGGCUUCAGAAGGAAGAGAUACCCAUGAAGCAGGUCCAGGACGGAGUGGUAUCAGGGGCAGGCCCUCCACAGAAAUUCUGCAGCAGGGGCUGGAAGACCAGAAGGGCAGGCCCUGUGGCUGGGGCUAGGGGCAUCAAGCCCCCUCCCCAGGGUUGGAGUUGCCACCAGUGCCCCCUCUCUGUGCUCAUGAAGCCUUGACUAUUUGGCCUCCAGCAACUGGGUGACUGAAUGCAGUGGGCUGCUGAAUAAUUCUGGUACCCUUUUCAUGGCUGGGGGCGUUCCAUAAAUGAAGGUGCCCCAUGGGUUUGGGGCAGCAGUGAGCUGUGGGAUGAGCCCUGGAUAGGAAGCCAGUCUGACCCUGGGAUCUGAUCCCAACUUUGCCAUUGAUUUGCCGUGAGACCUUAGGUAUGUGGCUUUCCCUCUCAAGGCUUCAGUCUGUUCAUCUCUAAAUGGAUAAUGAAGCCUCUUAGCAGACCUCACCACAGGAUCUGUUGUCAUGCUCAAACGAGAUGCGGAAUAACGUGCUUCUUCUAGAGACGGUGCUAAAGAAGGGACUGCCCUAUGAUGACUUCUGGCACCAAAAGGCUGGUGGGCAUGCUGUCCACUGUGUGGUACUGGGAGCUGCCCAGGACCAGGGUACCAGGAGAAUAGAGCUCUUUGUUCCCAUGGCUGGCCCUGUACCUACCAGGCACUUUGCAGGGUAAUGCAUCCUCCACCCCACACCUCCCAUCCUCCAACCCAUUGUUUAGGCCUCAUGCCCAAAGAAGAGUUGAAGGCAUGGGAGCCAACAUUUUAUUGGAGAAGUCAGAAUAAACACGUUUUUUAAGUA